AUGAGGAUCUUGGCAGUGCUAUGGACGGUGUGUUUGGUAAGACUCUGUUACUGUGGGAGUGAUUUACAACCACAAAAUUCCCCUGAAGCUACUGGACAAGAAUCUACAGAGGCUGUAAAGCCUUUAAGCCCUUUCCUCACCAAGGUCGAUGGAUCCUUAUUCGAUGUAGAGGAGGCUGAGGAAUAUGCUGUUAAGGUUCUAAAGCUCAAGGCUAAGAAUGGUGUUACCGCUAAAAAGGUAAAGUACAAUGGAAAGGACAUAUGGUCUGCCAGGGCUGUAGUUGGUUCUCCUUGCUCUUCGGCAGUACUGUAUAUGGAUGGAGAGAAGCCUACUCUGGCUGUUUUAGAAACUAAAGGUCUUCUUGGUAAGGAAGGCACUGUCUACAAGUAUCAUGAUGGUAAGAAGUGGAAGACUGGUAGUGAAGAUGACCAUAAAAAGAGGCGGGCUGCUCUGAAGAAGUAUAAGCAUGCACUUCCUGCCACUCUAGACCUUGUCACUCCAGAUAGUAAGAAGAUUGAUGUGUAUACAGAAACAGAAUCCGAAGUAUCCUUCCAGGAGUUUUCUCCGAAGAGGGCUUUCCACAUCUCCUCUGUUGUAGACUCUGGAGCUACUCUAUGGGAGGCUUCUGGAGCUGGCCAAAAGUGUAAACUUGUAGAGUCUUAUGCUAAGGAUGGUGUAGAACUUCUUUACCUGGAGACCUCAGAGAGUACUGGAACCAAGUCUAAGUACUUUGAAAAGACUGGUGGAGUAUGGAAGAAUAUUAGUGAGAAGGAAUUUAAUGAGAAGGCAAAGGCAUUGAUUGGAGAAUCUGGGAAGAACGCUUCUCUAAAUAUCUCUCAUCCAAGUAGAAUACUGUGCCAAUCCUUCGACUACACCUUUGACGGUAAUGCAGUCCAACUCAUAGUUCCCAAGAGGGGUGUAACCGUUACAAAGUUGGUAGUUGGCACUGAAGAGGUUUAUACCCUUUCAUCUGGAGAAACAUUCGAGUAUGCUAAGGCAUAUCUUAACAAAGAUGGUAGACCUGAACUUGUGUUGGUUACCCUAGACAAUUCCUCCGGAGACUCAAAGAAGGCUUACUCUAGGAGUGAAUGUGGUAAGUGGGUAGCAUGUACCAAUAGUGAUGCCAAGAAGAAGAGCUUGAGGGAUCCUGCAGAUUAUAUAUCAGACUUUGAACUUGACCUUGCAUUAGCCAAUAGCACUGACGAAUGCAGUAGCUUUGAAGUAGAUCUCCUUGGAGUUACUACAAAGUACUUCUAUCCUAAACCAGGGUACCUUGCCAAGGAGAUACGGGAUGGUGAAAAGAAACUAUGGAAAUCUGUAAAAGCAACUUCUGAUACGGUAUUAGUGGGACGAAAGUCAGAUGGAUGUGACCACUGUUGUUCCUGUCUUAUUUAUGGGAAAGGUGAUAAGGAAGUGCUGGAGAUGACGCUGAUAGUGCCUCCAACAAGGAGAUGGUAUUACUUUGAAAAGUUGGUGGAACAUGGAGUGAAGUCGCUAGAGAUGUAUUUUUAA